AUGGGCAAGCGAGCUGCAGGGAGCUUCGGUGCCGUAUUGGGUGCAGAUGCGUGUGGCUCUUUCAAGUGCCGGCGGAUUUGGAAGUGUUGCUGUCGAACCUGUCUGAGUUUACAAAGGUUUUCAAGCAGCACUGGGACGAUGUCAAAAAGAAUUCCCAGCACUACGAGCGGAUCUUUAGCGGUGACGACCCUUCAGACGCUUCUUCCGCUUGAAAGAUGA